GUUUAUGCUUGCCAUACAAAAGUGUUUGACUGCAGACCAGACAUAUAUAACUAUGGCAAAGAGUCUUGUGGCCUCCAAUUUCCCAGGCAAGAUUCUCAGCUUACUUGCUGCCAUGAUUGUAUAUCACAUCAGAAAUUACUCAAGGUACAAUCUUUCAUCUGGUGGAUCUGCAGUUCGAUUUUGGCUGCAGCUUCUUAUAGGUAUCCCAGAGUGGGUACAUGACAGCUCUGUACUCUUUUUACUGGAUACCAUUUGUCAACAGUCAUUCACACACCCGGCUUGCUGGCAAGAAGUUAUAAGAGGAUUCUCCGAAGUCAUGAAAAGCUCUGAAUGUCAACAAAGUGGUGGGGGAGGUGUGAUUGGUUUGCUGUCUUGGUUAACAGCAGGAACUACAGCCCCUCACUCCUUGCUGGUACGGCCUUCUGCCCCACAGUUCCCGUGGUUCACGGUGGCUGUCCUCAUGCUAGAGACACAGCAGGAGUUAUCCUCAGGGCUCUGGAAGAACCUCUUAAUAGAAUUAUUUGCUAAGCCACAAACUACACUUGAAGAAGCUCUUAAGAAAGUAAGUGAUGAUCUAGGACUUGGGCCAAUCUCCUCCAGUCUGCUGAGCAUUUACCGUUGGGGUCAGCAAGUAGUGGACCUUCCAGCUGACCAUCCUGCCCUCCCAGUCACAUUACAGAUGUACUUCACACUACACCUAGCUCGUGUUCCUCCACAACCUGGGCAAUAUGAAUGCAGUAGUGUGGUCUCUCGGUUCUAUCAGGGGCUACUCAAUUCAGCAUUCCUUGGAAAGAUCAAAAAGAAAGUUGCAAGUGCUGUGGAACAUCAUGAAUCUUGCUCAAGACAGGAACCAGAAGAUGAAGAGGAAAUCCCAGAUCCUCAGCUUGCAGAGACCACAAAAUUAUUACUCGGGAUGCAGGCGUGGCUUGAUGAAAGUCGGCUGUAUGAGCCUAGUGUAUACCUCCCAGCGCUGCCCCCCCAUCUCCUUCCCCAAAAAUUAAUGCAGAUCUUCCAGGGUAACUGGGAACCUUGGCCAGAAGCUGUCAACCAGAAAACCAUGGAGGAAAGUGCACAGAAGCUGCUCAGAUUAUGGGAGCAACAUCGAAAUGGCAGAAGCUCUGGCAGCAGUUCAGGAUCUCCGUCCGUAUCGCCAGAGCAUCGACAGAAACACUCCUCACUGAGAAACUCUAAACACAAUGAUCCUAAACAGUCCAUCCUCAAGAGACUUGAUACUUAUGAACCUCCACAGCCAUUACCCCCCAUACCCCCUAGAAGUCCACUCCACACUCCUUGUCUUCAAGACAAGACUUUAGUAGAUCAAGAAGCUCUCAUAUACCUUGUCCGGCGGUUUACAGAGUUUUUGGUAGAACACUCCCAGGCUGUAAAUUUGUGGCUGAGUGAGAUGUGUGCACUUGACUGUGUGUAUAGAGAGGUAUUGCCACAACUAUGGACAAAUGCAGAUACCAAAGCUAUUCUCAACGCAGAAUGUAAACCUCCUAAAGUUGGCCGCCAACAGCCCAAGUGUUCUGGAGAGGCCAGUAUUGUUAUUGAAUUUUCAGAAGCUCGACUAAAUGAGAGAGAAAAUGCUCGUAUUGAGCAAAAUCGAGAACAGUAUGAGGCAGUCUACCAACGUUGUCAGAAGCCACCACCAUUACAGCUCUGUCAAGCAGCAGUGAGUUUGGAGGCCAUAAUCACAAUUUUGGUAAAUGGAUUUCGGAAAGCCAGCGUAGAACAUGAUCAAGAGAAAUUAGCACUCCUACUUACAAGUGGGCGUGAACUUUUUUAUCAUAUUAUUCAGCUUACAUCAGAUGACACAAGCUUUUAUCCUCCUGCCAAGCAGCUCAUCACUUCUUGUGCUGAAGUAUUGGGGCAGGAGUUUUUGAGAGGCCAUAAAGAUUGCCAGGAGGGUGUAGUAGCUCAAGUACUUGAAUGGGGUGGAGAGCUGGGGGGACUCCUGGCUCCUCACUUUACCCCAGCAAUCACCACCACGCGCACCUUCCUGACACUCUACUCCUCUCUCUGCACACAUGCUUCUGUUGCUCCUGACCACACCUUCAUGCUUCUUUCUAAGUUUGACAUUGAGAGCUGGCUUUCAAAUGCUCAUCCAAAUGGUAGUGACCAAACUGAGCUCAUUAAUGCUGUGGGAGCAGCUCUCUCAUCACUUCUACCACGACCACACCCAAGCCUGCUCAUGGUUCUUGAGCUGUAUCGUGUUCACCUUCGGAUUCUACUUAACUAUAAGUUCCCAGAGCAUUACACGGAGGUGCUCAACGUGUUGCUCCACAUAUCAUCAAAUACUCAGGAGGACUGUGGGGGUGUGAGUUCUGGCUUGUGGUAUGACCUGAUCAACACUUUGUCCGUGGGUCUCGUUCACUUUACACCUGACAUGGACCGUAGAGCUUUUAUCCAAGCUAUUAGAGAUUUUGCUCAGCAUCAAACAAGACUUUCACAGUCUAUGGUGGAAGACACCCUGAAGAUGCUUUCAAGCUACUUUGUGAAUCAGCGUCUUGAGUUUGGGCUGUAUGGGUUGUAUCCCAAGUACCAACUGCACAUUCAGCCCAUUGCUGUCUUCUUGAGUCUUGUCUCACACACUUACAUUGUCACAACUUUUCAUACCAACUGGGGAGCUUCUCAGGAUGAGUUGAUACAAGAAGUAUGGGCAGCAGUUGAGAGUUUGUGGACAGGAUGGGUAGCGCCUCUUGGAGGCCGUGAUCGUCUGUCCUGCCCUGCUUGGCUGCGUCACCUCACUCGCGAUAUACGGUUGUUGCUGCCUUGGGCCCCAAGUGAUGCCACAUCAGCUGAUAUGAUGUUUGCCAUGUUCUCUGCUUCCCUGGAAUUUAUGCAUGAACAUUUACCAGGCACUUCAAGAGUUUUAUCCCUAACACUGGAAUACUACAGUGCAACAUAUGCCAUGAGGGAAGUUAAGAGCCAUGUGCUAGUGGUAGUUCACACCCAUCUGGCUGCACUACCCUGGCACCACUUGCAUCCCUCUCUUCAGGACACCCUCAUCUUCUCCAAGGUGGUUGAGCAGUACCUACCAGAGUGUCACAGUUUCAUCGGUGGUUUGCUCAUACAAAUCAGCUGGAGUAAGGUGCUACAGGCAGCUCUCAACUACCACACAGCUGCUAACUGCACCCAACUUCCAGAUUCCCCUCAUAGCAAAGUCAGCAAGCAACAUGAAAAUUCUACCCAUGGAGGAAGUCUUGACCCAGCUCUUGUUGCAAGUAAAUUGCACACAUGUCUUCUUAAUCUCCUAGUGAGGAUAUCAAUGGAACCCAGUGUUAGACAGUCUGCUUUGCUGCAAACAUUGCUACUUGAAGCAGAUAUGUUCUCGUGGUGGUUAGUAGAUGGCGACAGCUUCCAGCGUGUUGUUAACUGGUGGGUCAUGAGCUGUGACCCACGGAUAGUCCUCACUCUACCAGAACGCAACCCUGUUGAUAUCGCCAUCAUACAGUUACUUCAUCGUGCUGCUGGUUACACAUCAGACGCCACUUCAUUUCAUCAAGACACGGCUGCUAAACGUGGGUUGCUGGUACGUGCCCUAGUACGGCUGACAACUUCUGCUGCAGCUCGACACAAAGCCCUACUCAGUGCCAAACCUCAAGUAUUCACCGCCACAAUCUUGGGUUUUCUCACACACAUGGAGAAAACACUUAUUGCCACUGUGCCCAAGGAUCAACAGUGGAGUGAGGGAGGGGUGUUGAGCACAGAAGUGUUGGCUCUGGUCAGUGGUGGGGCAUCAUCCGCAGCUCUCCAAGAAGUUGCAAGUUCAGCAGUGGUAACAUGGCUCUCUGAUGAACACCACCCUUCUCCAGGGCUGCUUUUACCCCUGCUUUCUACUGCUUCCCGCACUGUCCUGCACCUUAAUCAUCGAAAUCCCAUCCUGCAAGCUGGUUUAAAUGCGCUCUUCAAACAUGGUGACUGGUAUGGAUGGGAGGGAGAAGUCACAUGGUCACGAGUGGUGUCUGUGUUGUCAUUUCCUCUCACCAACCCAUCUGCAAUGUUAAGUUUGGCUGCUGAGGAAGGUCAGUUGCUGGUAGUGUAUGCCCACACUUGCUGGCGGCGUCUGCAGAGCAUUAGCUGUGCAGACAACCUCUUACUUUUGACUUUUCUGUGUGACAUGUUGGAAACUCUAAUACCCAAUGCAGAAAUGGAAAUUGGUCUCAUUCUUUUAUUGAGUGAGAUCUUGAAAAUAUUGUCUCUGUUAGUCCAUGAGAAGGGAACUAUAGAAUCAACAUGGCACCACUGCCAGACUCUCACAUCCCAGUUAGCACUAUGGGCUGAGGACCGAGAAACCACAGGUAUUUUGGCAGCUAUAGGACUGGGCCGCCAAUCCCCACUCUCGGUAGGAGUCCGACUCAUAUGCCGUACCCUUGGCACCUUCUUAAACUUGCAGAUGCCUAGGGAAGGGGUAUUCCGCACACAUCCUUUGCACACUCAUAGUGAUAUUGAUGGCAGCCCGAGCAAUGUUGGUAACGAAGCAUGCACCCUGGAACACUUACGAGGUCUUUGCAGCAACACAACAUAUGCUGGACUUGCUCAUCCUCUUACACAAGCCAUACAGUUUGUGGAGGACCCAGCCCAUUGUUUACCAGAUGUUCAUGUGCUCCUCGCAAGGCUUGUGGCAGAUAUACUCUCUGAUCCUGUCCUGCAUCACCUGACUCAUCUGUUAUCUACCACUGCUCCAUCUGCACCUCCACCAUCUUUGCCUCUACAAGAGCAACACCCACACAUGUAUCUUCCUUCUAACACUAGUGCAUCAGCUCCACUCCCUAGCACUUACGAAUGUUAAAUAAUAACAUAAGUAUCCAGGAGUUGUACAUAAGAGAAUAGUAAAAAUUAUAUGAUUUGGUAGGAUACAGUAUAUUAAUGAAGUUCUAGUCUUGUACUUAGAGAAAAUGCUUUUGAUGCAGGAGCCUUGCCUUUCAAUAUCAGGUAAUGUAAAAUAAUGUUCUGUGAUAGGCACUAUAAUGAAGUUAUACUUUAGUUGGGAGUAAAUAAUAAUACAAGUUACUUUAUAGUCCAAGGAGAUAAUUUACGUUCAAAUUCACGGUAGACAUCGUGGAUAUUUUAUACAAGUAUCCAUUGUGAUUACAUUAAAGUUUAUUAUCAGUAGGUAUCGAUAUUUUUUAUAUAAAAUGUACAGGUUGUAAUUAUAUAUGUAUGCAGGUAUAAAAUUAUUGUUUUUCAUAUUCACUUUUUUUAAAUGGAGAGACAUUGAACAGAGAAGGCAUUGUUCAGUGGGUUGAGUACAUUUCUUUAGUCAAUAAAAUAUUUAUCAAUGAUAA